AGCCUCAAGAGGAAGAAGAAGGACGCGGUAGGUACAAACUGGGCACAGUGCAAUGUUUGGACUCUUCAGGAAAAGUAAACCUGUGAAAAUUAGGAGCUGUAAUGACAGCAGAAAAUACGGAGUUGCAGCAAAGGGUGUGAAGGAGUUGCUUAAAAAAGGCUGCAAGUUAUUACAGUUGCCAUUGUCUGGUGCACAUGUGUGUUUGUAUGCGGAUGGGACCAAAGUGACGGAGGGAUUCUUCCCAACUCUUCCAGACAACACUGAACUUGUUCUCCUCUCCAGCGAUCAGACAUGGAGUGGAGUUGUGUGUGACAUCGAUCAGUUACUGAACACAGACCGGCACGCCGAUGGCCUCAUUAAAGCGGCGAGAGGGCUCCUGUCUGAUGAGCAGUCUCAUAAAAGACGUAAAAUCCUGACUGACCUGCUGUUCAACCUGGAGGACAGAUCUGAGCUGGAGAGGAGAGAGGAGGAUGAAGACUGGUUCAAAGGUGUCGAUACUCGAUUUAAGACAAAGUCUGCCUACAUGAAGUUCAACUGUGAGAGCAGGAUACGAAGCUACAUGAAGGAGGUGGAUGGCGCAACCAAAACCAUCGAGAAGGCUAAAAUCAAGGCAGAGUUUCUGAAAGCAUCGAAAUGCCUGGCAGAAACACUGAAGGCGGCGAGGUACAACGGCAGCUACUUUGACAGGACUGAAAAGGAGCCGGAUCGCCUCUGUACUCAGGAAGGAUGGUUUACCUGUCAGGGAUCAUUUGAGCAGGAAGUUUGCCUGUCUCUCCACUCCAUCAACCCCUACGGCAGCCGAGAGAGCAGGAUUCUCUUCAGCACAUGGAAUCUGGACCACAGGAUUGAAAAGAAAAGGACCAUCAUUCCCGCUCUGCUGGAAGCUCUGCAGAAUCACAAGAGCGAAGAUGUCAACCUGAACUACUUCUACCGCCUGCUGUUCACCAGGGAGAACCUGAAGCUGGUUCACAUUGUGUGCCAUAACAAAGGUGCUCACAACCUGCUGUGUGACACCAAGAAGAUUUUUAAACAGACCAGUAACACUGACAACACAAAACAGAAGCUUAAAGGGAAGAAGAGGCGCUUGGUGUGAUUUUUACCCUUACUUUUAUGAAAAAAUGAUCAUUUGAACUGUGACGACAUAAUGUGUUACACUGGAAAGAUUUAUCUCAGGGUCCACUGUCGAUUUUUUUAAAAUCAUAUUUUGCCUGUGGUGCUUCAAUACAGACUGACAGUAUUUUGUAAAAUGAAGGAAAUUACACAAACAAAUGUUGAAAUCAUGAAAAAGCUUUAUUUUUAUUUUUUCUUAAUGUUGGCACGGUGAUGUAAAAUGCAUGAAUUAAUACAAUGUGGCAUUCACUCGGUCAGGAAGUUGCAUAGGAGUGAAAAGCACUAGUGCAAUUACUGUUAACGAAGAAAUCCGAUGACCAGAUUUCAUUUUUAAUGUCAGAUUUAAGUUAUCUUCACUUUACUGACAAGCUAAAAAACUUUUAUAAGAAACAUUUAAAGUCCACAUUUUUUAAUAAAACAUCUUUCAUAUAGAAUCUAGUCUAUUUGUAUUUUUUUCUUUCUUUUUGUUUUUUUUACAGUUUUCAUAAGUGGUCCAGAAUGAAAAUCCGUAGAAUUUAGCAGGAUGUUUUUGGUUAUUUGCUUGUAAUAUAAUCAACAAUAUUUCAGGUCAUUUUAUUUUUAAAUCUCCAAAGGUAUUGUUGGAAUUCUGUGUGCCUGCUCAUCAAGGCUAAUUAUUAGCUGCACUGAUAUAAAUGUGUUAUGUUAUGUUACAGAUGUGUUGUAUGUUAAACAGCUGCCAAAACCAAAACCAUGGCACAUUAAGAUGUGUUGAUGAGAAAUAUUAGACACUUAGUGAGCAAUGACAUUCAUCUUAAACACUGAAUAUGUAAUAUUAAAAGCUCUUAUUAUGGAUCUGCUCUUUGGCGCGUGCACCCUGCUGCCCUACCACAUUUACACAGUCUGAAACCAGGCCAUGAAAUCUAUCUUUGUGCUGCUUUUAUCAACAUGUUAUUUCUGCAUUUUACAUUUUAGAACUUGUAAUUUGUAGAUUUGUGAGAAGAAAAAGCCUUCUGAGUUUGUUGUUUUAAUGCAACACUGUUUGGCAUCUCUCAAGGCUAAUCUCAAACUGCACUAAAAUUAUGAAGCGGUAUGUUACGUGGACUCAUUUGUCUAAAUAAAGUGCCAUGCCACACACA